AUGUCGUCCAAAGCUUCCAAGGCCCCAGCCUCCAAGGCUCCAGCUGAAAAAAAGCCAGCUGCUAAGAAGACCUCCUCUUCAACUGAUAUGUCUAAGAAGAGAACUAAGACCAGAAAGGAAACUUACUCAUCAUAUAUUUACAAGGUUCUAAAACAAACUCACCCAGAUACCGGUAUAUCGCAGAAGUCGAUGUCCAUUUUGAACUCUUUUGUGAACGAUAUUUUCGAAAGAAUUGCUUCGGAGGCGUCGAAGUUGGCUGCAUACAACAAAAAAUCUACUAUUUCCGCUAGAGAAAUCCAGACUGCUGUCAGGUUGAUCUUGCCAGGUGAAUUGGCCAAGCACGCUGUUUCUGAAGGAACCAGGGCUGUUACUAAGUACUCCUCUUCCACUCAGGCUUGA